UAUUUCAUAGUUCAUUGAAUUAAUUAGAUACAAUGGAAUUGUUGAAGGAAAACUUUAAGAACUCGGCAGAUAGGCUAGAUAAGCCAUCGGACUAUUUGAUAAAGAAGGCGGUCAGAAAACAAAAUUUCACUGAUUUAGAAAAGUCAUUACGUUCAAGAACCAUUUAUGUUGGUAAUUUAUCUCAUUUCACCACUGAAGAACAGAUUCAUGAAUUAUUCCUGAAAUGUGGAUCUAUAGAUAGAAUAAUAAUGGGUUUGGAUAGAAAUAAAUUAACUCCUUGUGGAUUCUGCUUUGUCAUAUAUAAAACUGAAGAUGGGUCAUUAAAUGCCAUGAAAUUCUUAUCCAAAACUGUGCUAGAUGGACAAAGUUUGGCUAUUGAUUUAGAUCCAGGCUUUAUUGAUGGUAGACAGUUUGGUAGAGGUAUGUUUGGUGGUCAAGCUGGUCAAGAAGCUGCUGCUGCUGCUGAAAAUGGUGGUGGUAGAGGAGGUUUCAGAGGUCGUGGAGGUUUCCGUGGUGGUUUUAGAAGUAGAGGAGGUAAUUUCAGAGGUGGUAGAGGUUUCAGAGGCGGUUUUAGAGGUAAUAGAGGUGGUUUUAGAGGUGGUAGAGAUAGAGGAGAAACUUCUGUAUAUAUUCCAUCUGCUGAUCCAACCUUCAAUAAUCAAAAUCCUCCCCCAUUUGAUCCAAUGGGUGGAUUCAAUCAACAAUUUUGAAUCCAAUUUGUAACAUUAGUUUAAUUAUAACGUCGAUAAUAUACGAAAAUAGGCAUUUACUUUUACAUUGAUGU